AUGUCCACCCGCAACCCCACCGUCGCCGUGUCCGCCCCGGGCAAGGUCUUCCUGGCAGGCGGGUAUCUGGUGCUCGACCAGCAGUACACGGCGUUUGUGUUUGGGCUGGACGCGCGCAUCAACAUCAUCGCGGGCGAGAUUCACACGACGCCUGGGGUGCAGCUGACCGAGAUCGUCGUCGACAGCCCGCAGUUCCUCGAGGCGCAGUGGAGGUACGGAUACCACCUGGCCGAGGAGGGCGGCGGCAUCAAGGUGACUCAAUUGCAGGUCGGAGCCAAGAUCAACCCCAAUCCAUUUGUCGAGACAACCCUCAGCUACGCACUCACCUACAUUGACCGCGUCGCUGGCCAGCGGCCCACCCACAGCAUGACGUCUGCCCGCCUCAUCAUCCUCGCGGACAAUGACUACUACUCCCACUCGGAGGUCAAGGGCUCCAAGGGUGGCCGCUUCGCCAGGUUCCCCGUGACUCUGGGCGAGGCCAACAAGACGGGCCUGGGCUCGUCGGCCGCCCUCGUCACCUCGCUGACGGCGUCCCUCCUGGCUCACUACCUUCCCCGAGACCUCUUCGACAUUGACUCGGACAAGGGCAGGCGGACGCUGCACAACCUGGCGCAGGCGGCUCACUGCGCUGCGCAGGGCAAGGUCGGGUCCGGCUUUGACGUGGCGACGGCCGUCUACGGGUCCUGCAGGUAUAGGCGCUUCUCGCCGGCCACACUGAGCAAGAUCCCCGAGCCUGGAGCCGCCGGGUUCGCGGAUGCGCUGGUGAAGCUGGUCGACGGUGAGUCCGAGUGGGAUGUCGAGAUCCUCAAGGACGCCGUCAUCAUGCCCAAGGGCGUAGUGCUGCGCAUGUGCGAUGUCGACUGCGGAAGCAAGACGGUCGGCAUGGUCAAGAAGGUGCUGGCGUGGAAGGCCCAGAACCCGGAGGCUUCCAAGGAGCUCUGGGAUGAGCUUCAGCGGAGGAACGAGCAGUUCAUCGCGACGCUCAACGCUGGCGAUGUCGAGCAGCUGCCAAGCAGAAUCGCGGCGGUGAGGGAGCUGAUCAGGAAGAUGGGCGACGCGAGCGAGGUGCCCAUCGAGCCCGAGAGCCAGACGGAGCUCAUCGACGGCCUAAGCACCGUCGAGGGCGUCUACGGCGGCGUUGUCCCGGGUGCUGGUGGCUUCGACGCCGUGGCACUACUGAUGAGGGACGACGAGGAGACCAAGCAACGGGUCGAGGAGUUUCUGAAGCGGUGGGCUCAGGACAAGGGCACCAAGGUCAAGCUCCUGGCGGUCAAGGGUGAGAUGCAAGGUGUCCGAUCCGAGAGCCUCGACGUGUACGCAGGCUGGGUCUGA